AUGAAUAUUCUAAAAUUGACAUAUUCAACCGUUAUAAUAUCUGGAUGUUUUCGACCGCAGUCGUGGACAUCUUUAUUUAAAAAGAUAGUUUAUAAUAUCUACAGAUUAUAUGUAAUUGCUAUGUUAUACACGUUUACAAUAUUGCAAAUUAUGGACAUUAUUCUAUACGUUGACAAUGCUGAUGAUCUCACAAACAAUCUGAAUAUGAUGCUAACUACAUUAGCUUCAUGCUACAAAAUAUUUAUUAUGAGUAUUAAUUAUGAGAAUUUUGUAACGUUAAUUAAUUAUCUUACUGAAGAGCCAUUCAAACCAUUAGAUUCAGAUGAGAUGAAAAUUCGACGACAAUAUGAUAAAAUAAUACGGAACAACACGUUACGAUACAUAAUAUUGGUUGGGACAACGUGUACGUUUGUCGUUUCGUCUUCGCUAUUUACUAACUUUAGACACAAGAAACUGAAUUAUAGGGAAUGGAUACCAUUUGACAAUUCAUCUUAUAUUGUAUUUUGUUUUGCAUACGCUCAACAAAUGUUAAGCGCAUGUCAUGCCGCCGUCGUAAAUGUCGCAAUAGAUAGUCUCAUGUGCGGGUUCUUGAUGCACAUAUGUUGUCAAAUCGAGAUCUUGGAAUAUCGCUUAAAAAAGUUUUUGGACAACCAACUUAUUCUGGGUUAUUGCAUACGCCAUCAUAAUCGAAUUUUUGAGUUUGCUCGGAUAGUGAAUAUAAAAUUUACCAAUAUAAUUGGAUUUCAAUUUAUGGCAAGUAUGAUGACAUUAUGCUCAAAUUUGUAUCAACUGACUAAGUCAACUUUAAAUGCAGAUCAUUUUCCGUUAAUUAUAUACACAGCCUGUAUGUUAACGCAGAUAUUUAUUUAUUGCUGGUUUGGAAAUAAAGUCAAAUUAAAGAGUCUUCAAUUAAUAGAUAAUAUUUUUCAAAUGGAGUGGCCAAUCGUGAACGAUAGUGUAAAGAAGAGUUUAUUAAUAAUUAUGAAACGUGCAAUGAUACCCAUUGAAAUUUCUACUGUAUAUAUCCUGACCAUGAAUCUGGAUUCCUUUGUAACGUUGCUUAAAACAUCAUAUUCAGUUUAUAAUUUAUUAACGCGAGAAACAAAUUCUUCUAUUUAUUAUUACACUUGCGUCAUUCGCGAAUCGCGACAGUCGCCAUUGAAGAAUUGGGGGAUAAAAAUGCAUGUCUUAAAAUUUACAUUUUUAAUCGUUACGUUUGUUGGGUGCUUUCGACCGCUAUCGUGGACAUCGCUAUUUAUGCGUGUUAUUUACAAUCUCUACAGACUAUUUAUAAUUACCAUUUUAUAUAUUUUUGCUUUUUUACAAUUUAUGGACAUUAUGAUAAACGUCGACAAUCCCGACGAUUUUACUAACAUUUUAUAUAUGGCGUUGAAUGUGUCCGUUUCUGGAUUUAAAUUACUGAUAAUGUGGCUAAAUUAUAACAAUGUUACGACAUUAAUUACUGCACUUAACGAAGAACCAUUUAAACCGUUAGAUCCAGGCGAAUUGAAAAUUCGUCAAAAAUUUGAUAAAAUAAUACGGUCUAACACAUUACGUUAUUCAAUUUUGAUUGCGUCAUCAUGGACAUUCAUGAGUUUGAUGUCGUUGCUUACUGACUUUAAACACAGAAAGUUAACGUAUAGAGAAUGGGUACCAUACGAUUAUUCGUCUUACAUGAUGUUUUGCAUUACGUAUGUUCACCAAAUUCUAAGCACGUUUUAUUGUGCUAGCGUGAAUGUCGCCUGCGAUACCCUCAUAUGUGGUUUCUUAAUGCAUGUAUAUUGUCAAAUUGAAAUCUUGGAAUAUCGCUUGAAGAAAAUCUUAUGCGAUCAAAGUAUUUUGGACUACUGCGUACACCAUCAUAACAGUAUAUUUCAAUUUGCGUAUUCCGUAAAUGCAAAAUUCUCGCAAAUAAUCGGAUUACAGUUUAUAAUAAGUACACUGAUAAUAUGCUCUAAUUUGUAUCAACUGAGUCAAUCGUCAUUGAACGCAGACAGUAUUGGGUUAAUUGGAUUCACGUGCUGCAUGUUAACAGAAAUAUUUCUUUAUUGUUGGUUCGGACACAAAAUAAAAUUAAAGAGUGUUCAAGUGGCAGAUAGCAUUUUUCAAAUAAAGUGGCCAUUGCUAAAUAAUAGCGUCAAAAGUAAUCUCCUAAUAAUUAUGAAACGCACUACAGUACCUAUUGAAUUUACUACUGCACAUAUCGUCAGUUUAAAUUUGGACUCUUUUGUGGCGGUGAUAGUGGCAUUGAUAUUGAGAGCCGACAACGCUGACACAAUUGGCGACGCCUUGUUCAACGCUUUGAUUUCGCUUCUGGCAUGCUACAAGGCAAUUGUUAUACGGAUAAAUCACGAUAGUAUUAUAAUGUUAAUUGAUAAUCUCGUCGAGAAGCCAUUUAAACCGGUGGAUCUGAGCGAAAACAUGAUUCGGGAGAAAUUCGAUAAGAGAAUAACGAAUAAUACAUUAUAUUAUUUAAUUCUCGUCUUGAUAACUGCCACUUAUAUGAUCUUGCUUUCGAUAUUCACGAAUUUUAAGAAUGGAACUUUAAUGUACAGAGCAUGGUUACCAUUCGACAGCUCAAAAUCCGCGCUAUUUUAUUUAGCAUACGCUCAUCAGAUAUUAUCUCUAAUGUUUAUCGGACUUAUUCAUCCCACAUGUGACAAUUUAAUUUGCGGAUUAUUGCUGCACAUCUGCUGUCAAAUCGAGAUUUUAGAGUAUCGUUUGUCGAAUAUUGCGAAUGACCAAGAAAAUCUGCGCAAUUGUGUACGCCAUCACAUAUAUAUAUUUGAAUACGCGUAUAUACUAAAUGAUAAAUUUGGCAAAAUAAUUCCUAGUGAGUUCUUAAUGAUCACAGUAGUAAUGUGCUACAAUUUAAUUCAUAUGGCUUUUAGAGCGUCCAAUACCGUUUCUUAUAUACAAGAUAUUAUGGUUAUAGCUACUACUCUAGCUCCAAUUUUUUAUUAUUGCUGGUUUGGCAACGAAAUCAAGCUUAAGAGCCUUCAAUUAUCAAAUAGUAUUUAUAAUAUGGAAUGGACUAUGUUCAGCAAUAAUAUGAAGAAAGGACUAUUAAUGAUUAUGAAUCGUGCUACAAUACCAAUUGAAUUUACUAGCGCAGACAUUAUGCCGGUGAAUCUUGACUCUUUCGUAAAGUCGCAGAAACAGUAA